AUAGACCUGGUGAUAUGAUUAAAAACUAGCGGUGAGAAGAAGCUUCUUACGGGUAUGAAGACUCGGUGUAGGAACAUACCGUCUUGGUGUUGAGUUAUAAAGGAUUCCGACAUUUUUAUCCUUUCGAAAACGGAAGAUUAGUAUUUGUCGAGCAAAGCAUAGGAUGACAUCAUCAAAGACACGUAAGAGAAAAGAAACCCACUGGCGUCAAUUAAGAGAUCGACACGUGUAUCCUCACCGUUGCAUGAAGCAGACAGAAGCUGCAACCGCCUCGUGUUCCUCCCCAGAGACCAGUUACUUACACACACGUCCCUAUAACAUCUCGAACAACCAAAGACUCCAAUUAAAAUUUUCACAAAACCUCGAAUAUACAUUGCAUGUAGUAAAGAAGAUAGGUGUAGGCACGCAUGACGUCCAGCACCAACACGCUUUCCGGUGAUAACCUCUGUGAUUGGUGAACCGAACCACAUCCCCACAACGUCUGUUUGCAAGAAUGGCACAUUAAACGUGUCCCUAUCCCCAACUCUCUCUAACACGUACCCAUCCUUUUCUCUCCAUAUGUCCUUCUUCCUUAAUAUUCGCCUCUCUCUAUUGGCUAUUAACUCUCCUUAUUAUAACCUUACCUCUCUUUGUUCUCCUCAACAUCUAUCGUCUUCUUGUAGUUUUCACGCCAUGAUAAAGAUACUUAGCCCUCAUAACUCGCACCAUUCUCCCUCAACCACCACAACUCUUAAGACAGCGGAGAUCUUGUCCAAAUAUAGACCCAUUGCUCCUAAGCCCAGGACGACCCAAGCAAACGAUGAUAAUGACUCUUCUUCUUCUUCUUGCAUGUCUCACAAGAUCAGCCAAUCUCCUUACCUUCGUCAACUCUGGCCACAGCUUCAAGCUCGUCCUACUAGAACCCGCAAGCGAGGUAGAGGUGGUAUGGGUCCAACGUCUCAUCUUGCGUUGAAGAGGCCCAAGUCAUUAUCUGGUUCUACCACAAACACUUCCACUACUCCUACACAGCGGGUGCUUGGCCCUAUUAAAACGCUGGCGUUUGAGGCUUUUACUCAUGCUAGGUUACCUAAUCUCGCACAAGUUGGCUACGCUUCGGAGAAUGGUGGCUCUUCUGCUUUGGUGACUCUGCCUCUUUUUAAAUGCUCUCCUCCUUUCUCCAAAUGCAUGGAGUCAGAGAUAAAAGGAAAGGGACUUAUUGAUCUGAACAAGAGCGUAGAAGCUAUACAAGAGAGAGACUUCUUGAAGCAACUACAAGAACCCAUCACACCAACUACAACAUCAGCCACAAGCAGAGUCAUAGCACCGCAGCCCAUAAGACCGGUUUCAUCAAGGAUCAACGUCACAUGCAUAAGCCCACUAAGCAACCCGUCUCUACCAUCUCAAAUCAGCAAGAAAUCGCCACAAGAGGUUGAAGAAGAAGUUGAAUCCGAUGUGCUGCCUGCCAUAAUCUCCGAUUCAAACAACAAGGUCAGGCUGGUGAACUCGGCAUACAAGGAGAUGAUGGGACAGCCCGAGUGCUCGUGGCUAGAUUCGAUGGUGAGAGGGAAGAGGAUAUGUGGGGAAGUGAUGAUUCAUUUCUGCGAUUCCAAGAUUCCAGAGGAUAAAAGCUUUUCAUGCUGGGUGAAGAUAGAGUGGGUAAGAAAAGGUAAGGAGGAGAUUGUGCAAGCGUUCUGCGAUGUAAUGAAACUUGACUGCGGUUCCAAGGAUUAUGUCUUUACGUGGAGGUUUCACACAACCAACAAAGAAACUUGUCAGUCAAGCUACAAUGCUUAAUUAGGUUUUGGAGUAUGCGUGUUGCUCUGUUUAAGUAAAUAUCGUUUAGCGGUACUCUCUAUUGUAAAUACACUAUGAAGAACAACAAGUUACU